AGUUCGUUCUUUAAGUCGGUGCGUUACAGUUCGGUCUGAUUCUCCUUCCCAUCUCCAGCAGUCAACAGAGGAUUAUCAAUCAAGUGGAUUAAGUGUUUUGAUCUUGUUUGCCUAAUAUCCAUCCCGCCAUUGAAGGAUCGGGCGCUGCAAUCAAACGAUUUUAAUCUUCCAACGCCACGGAGAGCUAAGGAUGAAAUAGUGAAUCACCAGGACUGAUGCUACGGCUGUAAACACGAACGCCAGACAGAGUGAUAAUACGGUUUCUCACCAUGGGCAACUGGAGGCGAUUAAGUGUGAUUGUGCUUCUUGUUGCACUCUUGGUAGCUGAAAUCAACGCAGAGAAAAGAAAUCCUCUCAAAGAUCCUCGGAUAUGUGGAAGACCGCAAUGUAUAGAAACAAACAACAAAUUCCGAUACCAGCUGAAUCGUCUUUACAAAUACGACUACUCCAUGUACGUGAAGACCGAAUUUUCUGGCAGCGGUGAAAAUUCCUCACAGCUGCACCUGAUUGCAGCAGUUGAAAUUGACUUCCCCAAACCGUGCCAAGGUAUUCUGAAACUUCACUCGGUUGAAGUCCGGGAUCGACCACUUCCGGUAACGGAAGAGCAGGACUUUGACUAUGGUGCUGAUUACAACGAACCGGCUCCGGAAGCCGAACUGCAUCCCAAGAGUGAUGUCAUUGCUGAGGAACUGACUCGGUUUGAGCUGAAAUUUGCCUUCCACGAUGGGCUGAUUAGCGAGAUUUGUCAUGAGGCGGAUGAACCGGUGUGGACAUUGAACAUGAAGCGAGGUAUUCUGUCCUCGUUCCAGAACAGUAUGCCCCGGUUCGAUAUCGAUUACCAUACAACCGAAACAGAUGUUUCCGGAGUUUGCGAAGUUUCCUAUACGAUGAGUGGAACGAAGGAAACCAGCUUGAUCGUUACCAAAACCAAAGAUAUUCAGUCUUGUAAGAGGCGCUACAAGACCAACUCGCUGAUUCAAACUGUACCUUAUGAGUUUAGACCGGAUUACGUAGCGUGGCCAAUCCUUAACUCCACCAGCUAUUGUAACAUAUCAGUCGACAAUUACGUCUACAAAGAAGCUGUUUGCUUUGAACGGCAUCAAUUGGUUCCAUUUUCAAAUGGAGCAGCAGGAGCCGUGACGGAGUCCUACAGUCGCAUGACCUUAGCCGACGAAGAAUCCUACGUUCCCGAGGAUCAAACCCCUGACGAGUACGAAAUUCAGAAGCGAUCAACACUUAUCUAUGAUCACACACCAUCCGCUAGAGAUAGCCACGAUGAGAUCAAGGCAUCUCGGGAAUUGUUGAAAGAACUGUGCCGGCUAGGGUUUCCCGAUAUUCGUCGAAACUUUCCCGAUGUAUUUUUAAAUUUCCUGUCCACAGCACGAGUUUUAUCGUUUACCGCGUUGUCGCAGCUUCUGUACAGAUCCAAGAGUAUUUGCGAGAAUGGAAAGAACCAUGUUCUCGAGAGUCUCCCGUACGUGGGUAGUCCUGCAUCCGUAACGUUGAUGAAGGAUCAAAUCAUUAACGAACACAUCAACAAAGACUUGGCCAAAAAAUGGAUGGAAUCCUUUGCCUAUCUUACAAGACCCAACGAGGAAGUCCUCGAAGCUAUGCUGGAGCUGAUGGAGUACGGUAAGAAAAUUGGCGAAAAGAACUUCAUGCUGGCCGGAAGUUCGGUAGCGCAUACAUUCUGUACCGUUCAACCGGAUUGUAGCGAAAGCGAAGCCAUGCAAGCCAUCGUCCAAUUUCUGAACGGCGAACUGGAGGAGAAAGUCGCUGAAGCAUCGGAGGCGAUGACCCGAAAGCUGCGGGAGAGUAUUAUCGUCAUUUUGAAAAGUAUGGGAAACAUUGGGGUGAUCAAUGCAGAUUUUUACCCGGAACUGCGACUCUUGAUCGAGAAUGAUCAGCUACCGAUGGAGAUUCGGGUGCAGGGAAUUUACGCUUUUCGGAGGCACAACUGCGCUCGAAAACGGGAUUACUUCCUGAAGCUGUAUUCGAAUUUUCAGAAUGACGUUGAGAUUCGAAUUGCAGCCUAUCAACAGGCCAUGCGAUGCCCUGAUUAUCUUUCGGUUAAACUGAUCAAGCACGUACUGAAGACUGAGGAAGUUAACCAGGUCGGUUCUUACGUAUGGUCUCACUUGUCGAAUUUGGCCAGCAGUGCUUCUCCGGUACGUGUGGAAGCUCAAGGGUUACUAGCGGAUGAUGAUCUUGGGAAGAAAUUCAGGCUGGAUAUUCGAAAGUUUAGUCGAAAUUAUGAGCAAACGUUGUUCUUUGACGAAUACAACUUCGGCAUGAGCACGGAUGCUGAUUUGAUAUUCAGUACGGAGUCUUAUUUGCCUAGGACAGCUUCAUUGAACUUGACUGCCGAUUUGUUUGGAGAGUCGGUAAAUUUCUUGGAGUUGAAUGCACGUGCCGAAGGGUUUGAAUAUCUGGUUGAGUCGAUCUUUGGACCUACUGGUCCAUUGAACACCAAAAAGGUUAAAGAAUAUACCUCAGCAGUAACGUCACUCUUUACUUCGGAAUCAGAAGAAGAGGACUCAUCCGGCUAUGAUCCUACAAACACAUCAAGAGGCAGACGUGAUUUGGAUUCUGAAGAAGCUGAAAGUGAAGAAGUUAAAAGACCGAAACGUAGCGAUGAACGUUCACCAACCGUUAUUACUAAAGAUAUUCACGAUCAGAUCGACAACAUGGGAUAUAAAAUGAAGUCUGACUUCAAGGAUCCUCACGCUUCGCUGGGUGUUAAAAUUUUCGGUAAUGAUCUCAAGUAUUACACCAUUGAAGGCUUUGCUGAAACGAUGAUGGCCGCCGAACAGAUCAAUCCGAUCAACUAUCUUAAAGAAAUUUUAUCCGGAAAGGAGGUUUCCUACACAAAGUCUGGUGUUUUUCUUGAUGCGUCUUAUGACGUACCGCUGAGUAAUGGUCUUCCGUUAGCAUUGAGCAUCAUUGGUGCAUCAUCGGUAGAUCUACGCAUGUCCGGAAUGUUCAGGGCAUCCGACAUUUGGCAAUCUUCUAGAAUUAUCGAUGUUGAAGGCAAGAUCAAACCCAGUGUUUCUGCUGACAUAACAGCUACCAUGAAGACCGAUUUCAUCCACACAGCUACAGGAAUCAAAGUUAAAUCCAAUUUGUACUCAAGUUCAUCUUUGGAAACUAAAAUAAAAGUACGUGGAGAUCGUUUGGCAUCUCUUCAAUUCAGUCUGCCGCAGGAUCAUAAUGAGAUCUUCAGUGUACGCUCGGAAAUGUUGGUAUUUGAUGACAACCGAGAGUUGCGACAGAAAGGUAUUGAACAACGCUAUUCCAACUCAACUUGUACCUGGCCGUUUAUAGACAGAGCGAUAGGACUGAAACUGUGUGCGGAUUACAGUCUACCGGAUGUCAGUAACCUGACAGGAAUUCCUAGCUUAAUUUUGAGUGGACCAGUGAACUUGGACAUCAGUCUCCAGAAGGCUGAUCCCACUGCCAAAGUUUUCCUAUUCCAAUACAGCUGGGAUCAGCAGCCGAACACUUCAACUGGCUCGAUCAUCUUCGAAACACCAAAUUCUCAGAUACCAAGAAUAUUUAUUGCAAACAUAACAUCAGACAAUGAAGGCUACAGUGUAUCUAUGGGUUUUCAAAAUGGUGACACCUCACAUUCGGCUGUCGGAAUAUAUACCAACAAUAAGAAUCAGCGGAAGUUGGACAUGUCACUGAAUGUCAACGAUCGGAAGUACUUGGCCUUAGAGAUGGGUUACAACAAAACGGAACAUAAGCACGGAAUGAUCUACAGUCCGUCGUUGUUCCUUUCGGUGAACAAUGAACGCAUAGCCGGCAUGGCUGGUAACAUCAAAAUGACCUAUAAGAAAGGCAUCAAAAUGUGGGAUUACAUGCUACAGUUUGAAACAAAAAGGCUGCAGGCAAAGCUUUUGGGUAAUAUCCAACAAACCCAGGCAACGAUUACGAGUCAGCUGUCCAUGGAUUAUAGGUUCAUCAACAGCCGAUCUGAGCGGCUUACUUUGGCGGGAAGUUUCUCCAAUCGAAGCCACCGGGGCCGAACCGAGUAUCAUGGAUCGUUCGAGCUACGAUCAACGGCCUAUCCCAGGUUUGAUUUUGCCUCAACGGUCAAAUUUCUCUCGGCCAUGGGACACAUCGAGUGUAAGAUAGAGCACAACAAUGCUCCGGAUUUGAAGGAUCCCAACUAUACUACAACGGUGCGGAUCAUCUUCGCACGGUUCCAUGUGGCCGAAGUUGGCAGAACGACGGCUUCGAUUGACGUUAUAAGGCCUCGAUCGGGAAUCGAGCUGAAAGCUAUGAUAAAACACGAGAACAAUCUCCGGAAAGGAAUGGAACACAACGUUCUGGUACUGCUACGGUAUGCUAAGGACAAAGACAUCACCGGGGUCUUUUCCGUGUACAUGCCGCAGGGAAUUCUGUUCGCGAUCGACACGGCUGCCAAUGUUACCGUUCCUGGAUUCGAUUCUUGCACCGUUAAUCUUAAGAUCAAGGAAAAGGCUCGCAAGGAAUACUACUUCGACUUCGGAGGCGUUUGGUUUUCGGGGCAUUCGAUCACCAUCAACGGGUGGUAUCAGGAUCGAAGUUCGUUCAUCAAAUCUUUCCAUCAUGCCAAGCUGGAGGCCCAGAGUCCCUCGUUUGGAGAUGUGCUAGUUGAUGUGAAAUAUGUGCGGGAUGAGAUUGAGUACAAGGUUGACGUUCAUGCGGAGUAUGCUAAGCAACCGUAUGGGCUGAAUAUUCGACAUGUGCUUAACGAUCAAGAUGGAACCAAUACAUAUGCGGCAUUCCAGUGGCGAGAUAGUUUGUACUGGUUCUCGGCGGUGAUGAAGUCGGUUCCGAUCAAGGAACUGGUGCUGGAGCUGCACAUCGACAAACUCCGAGACAUCAGCGUGCUGCUGAAGGGCUACUCGACGGAUCUGAAGCGUGAAAUCGGAGUCGAAAUCAAGUGGGACGCCAACCGAGAUCCGACGCAGCGGUUGGCGGUGUCCGGUGAGCUCAACACCCCCAAGAGUCGCGUCUACAAUGGACGGUUCCACGUAGCCUACCCGAAUCGAACCGUCAACGGAGUGUUCGAUAUGAAAGCAAUCGAUCCAAACUAUCAGGCUAAUGCGAGAAUUUCCUGGAACACUACCGAGGCGAUCGAGCUUAAGUUAGAUGCUGGAUCCGAUGAUGAGGUGUUGAGAAAUAUGUGGUUGAUCUUCAAGUUGAUAACGCCUUUUGAUGGUUGGAAGUAUAAUGCAUUGAACGGUGGAUUUUACUUCCGGGAAAAUUUGUUGAAAACAAAUUUAACAGCUCACUGGGCAGAGGAUCAGACCCUGGGUUUGGAAGUGAUGGGAUUCUACCUGUCAAAUGAUACGAACUUCAACUGUGAGAUGAAAACAAAGCUUCACAGUUCGAUUGAACACGUUCCGACUGUGAAGGUUUACCUGAAGCACAAGUACGAUAACAAGAGGGUGGAGUCGGCAGUAACGGUUAAUCAUACGGUAACCGAUGAGGAUCCGCAGGUAUUCUCUGUUUGGUCUGAGUGGCAAUAUGAUCAGGAUGAGGUGUACAGAAAUAUAACCGGAUCACUAGCUUUGUUGAGUCCUUUCGAAGGAUACAAAACGGGUGCACUGUCUACGAAGUUUUCGUUGAGUGAAAGUCGAGAACUGAGAGGGGCUGGUGAUUUGCAACUUGGCGAUGACAAGUAUGAGAUGGUUUUGCAAGGCCACAUCCGAAAUUUGGUUGAUAACUUUUUGACGUGUAACAUCACAUCUUCAAAUGAGAAGUUCCGGAACAUUAACGGCCGAUUUGGUAUAAGUGAGAAGGAUAGACACGCUGUUGCUGAAGUGGUUACCCCGAAAAGUGCUCUCGGAGUUGAGGUGCUAUUUGCAAUGGUAUCGGCUUAUGAUUUUGAUAUUAAAUUCUACUUGGCCACUCCAUUGAAAGAUCUGGAGAGAGUUAUAUUGCGUGGAAGGUUGAAGCCAAACGACGUAGAUUUCCGAGCCGGUUUGAACCAUUUGAUAAUCGGUUUUGUGGGUGUCUGGCGAAGAGCUGAUUUCAAGGACUUCGAGUAUUCGUACAAGGUGUUUACACCUCUUCCAAAGUUUGAGGAAAAUGGUAUCAUCAUUAAACUUGUUAUGAACAAAGAAAAAAGCGAAUACGUUGAUUUAGAGUUCAGUGGUCAGUUCAAGCAGUACAAACUUGGUAUCAAAGCUGUAUCUGAGCCUAAGGCUCAACUCUUACGACAGUUAGGUGUUCAAAAAGCAUCUGCGGUAUUGGAUGUAUUUCUCGACGAUUCUCCAGAACGUACUGGAGAAGAUGAAGACGAAGAGGAAGAGGAUGAUGAAGAAGAAGAUGCAAUGAACUUGAUUGGGAAAAUUGAACUGGACACUAUCAUUUGGCCAACCAUAACUGGAACGCUCGAUCUGGAGGAAUAUAAAAGUAAAUACUAUGUGAGUGGUAAUGUCGUUCUUCCGCAAGGGAUCGUUGAAAUUCGUGACAGCUUCUGGCUUGAAGAUCUCAUGAAUAUGAAGAACAACCUUAAGGUGAAAACUCCAUUCCCGUUCAUGAAGGAAAUCGUAUCUGGAUAUGAAUUGAGAAUUCCGUAUCCAACAAAUAAAUUUAUUACCGGAUUUAAUGUGCAAGUUCUUAACAACACUGAGUGGAUCAACACCGGAUUUCACAUCUUCUACAACGUGAGUGAAGAUGAAUCGGAGUCGAAAACCCAUCAUGCAAUUGUCAAUCUGAUGACUCCGAUGGAGAAUUUGAAGAAAGUUCGGCUCCAUGGUGUGUUGGACGUCGAAGAAAACGGCUACCGAGGUAAUCUUACGGCUAAGACCAUGACCACGGAGGCUUCGCUUGCGUUGGCCUUUGAGACGGAGGACCAGUUUAUCGACUCGUCAUUGACCAUCUGGGUUCGAGCACCUCUUAUUCCGUACUACGCUUGUCGAGUGUUUUACAAACAAGACUUUGCUGGAUCUGACAACUCGAUGGACCUCGGUUUUGUUGUGCAUGACGACAGUGUCUACAGCAAUUUCCGGCUAGAUGGUGCGUGGUCAGUUAAAGAGCCACAUUUCCUUGUUGGGAAGGGUCGUUACCAAUCGAACUUCCUGCCGCUACAGUUAAUCGAUACGGAAGUUUUGAUCACCAGAGAACCUUAUCCCAAGGCACAGUUUGAAAUGAAGUUCAACGAUAGCACUGGAGUUCAGGAUCAUAUCCGUGCUAAGGCAACACGGAACCGUGAAAUGGUUACGAUUGAACUCAGUGUUCCCAUUCAGGACUAUCGCAAUUUGUCUAUCUACGGUAGACUUUUGAAGACGCAGGGCGAUGAAUACACCGUCGAUGGUCAGUUGUAUCGUAAUGAGGAGGUGUUUUUCGUAGAGGGAACUGCCACCAUUAUUAAUGACAUUCCGAAAAAGGUCGACCUAACAAUCAAAUCAGAAGAUCAAGAGGAUGGCAGCUUGACUUACGAAUACAAUACAGUGGAGUCGAUAACUUCGUUUAAGACGCACAUCGAAAGGGGAGAUCGGACGGCAAAAUUUGAUGGUAGUUUAAAAUUGAACGCCAUUGGCGAUUGGAACAUUAAGGUUGGUGUUGAUUCAACCGAACCUGACCUGAACGGUGUUGAUCUUAAAAUUGGUAUUGAACCACUAGCUGACGGUACAGCGUUAGGAUCUUUGAAAGUGCAAUCACCGUGGAAGAAAUACGGCAUCGACGAGGCAAACGUCAACAUGAUCUUCGACAUUCAUCCAAUCUCCGGAAAAGUGACGGCAAACUAUAGCAUUCCUGCAGUUUCUGGAGAUGCCCAUUGUUUAUGGAGUUGGCAUCUUUUGGAGAAUGUACAAUUCUCUCUGCACAACCGAGUGGUUCAGAACUCCGUGGAAAGAUACUUUCAAACCGCUAUACGGCUGUUGAGUCCAGACCCUGAAGGGAAUCACAAUUUAACAUUUGGUGGAGAUUUGAACUUGAACAAUAUCUGGAUUUUCAGUUCGAAUGCGUCAAUUACUUUUAUUUCGAUUUCGGACUUGUCUGGAGUUUUGAAAGUUCGUUUGCCAAAACCUGUCGGAGACUUGCAUACCUUAUCUGCAAGUAUGAAUGGAAAUAUCCCGUUUAUUGAGCCGGUUCGGUCGUUGAACUUUGAAACAUCCUACGAAGCUGAAGAGUCACAUAAACGUUACGCCUGGCACUCGGAAUACAACUACGUCAAAGAUCUUCGCACACUUUUCCGGUUCGAUUGGGGACCAAAUAUUCGAUCGCAACGUAUUCAAACUAAUUUGGAUCUGUUCCAUAGUGGCGAUAAGCAUGAGAUAUCAGCCAAAUUAAGAGGACCAUGGUACAUGGAAGAAGCGUUCCGAGCAUUUGCCGUAUACAACCUUGUAGACGGACUCUAUCUAGUCAACGGAAACGUUUCCAUUCCAGCUUCUAGGAAGGUAGCUGAAGCAAACGUGGCUUUUGUCAGUUUGUCCAACAUGAAAGGUGACGUCAACUGUACUACACCAUUCUUGAACGUAACUUGGCUUCAUGGACAACUUGAGUUCACCGAAACUCCUGUGGAAUCAAUCAGAUUCCUUAAAGCUACAUGGCCUGAAUCGAGCGCAGUUUUCGAUGCCAAAACUACGUAUCGAUCGCAUAAUUUGGAUCGCGAUCAACAAGGCACUAUUAAAGUGGAGAUUCCUUUGCAAACGAGACACUUCGCUGAAGUCAAGUAUGGGUUAGCUGAGAGACCGUUGAUCACAACUGGACAUGCUGAAAUCGACUACAACGAUCAAAAAGUCCUGAGUGGACAGUACACCUCAAAACAGGAGUCAAGGGCUGGAUUUGAGAAAGAGACAGUCGAUGUUUCAUUGGAGAACAAUUUUAAACCUAUUGGAGUUCACUACGUUCAUACAACGAAACAACUGAAAGAUAACUAUCAUGAAAUGGACAUCAAACGGGCUGAGGUAUUUGAGUUACGAAACCAGAAAAAGUUCAACAUCACCGGAGAGCUACAGAUUACAAGCCGAGAUACCGGUCGAGAGUAUAUCAUCACAGCAAUUCACCCUAAUCGAACCGUAGUACUCAAAACGGACUUCGAUCAACAAGGUGACACGACCAGGCACAAGUCCAAGCUGAAGCUAUCUCCGAAACGUUGGAUCGCUUACGACUUCCACCUUACCAACAUGUCUCAAGCGAACAACGACUCGCAACAAUUCAAGCUGGACAUAUCCUACCCUAGAAGAAAUCUUUCGGCCGAAGGUUGGUACUCGGUGACCGAUAAUGCCUUCGACUCGGAUGUUUCAUUGUGGUACACUCCAAAUAAGACGUCCUAUUCCGAUGAACCUGUCAAGCCUAGGCUGCUUCGAGGAGCUGUUAAAUGGCUCGAUACUUCUGAGGCUAGUGUCACGAAGCAGAGUUUACUGGUUUCAUUGGGACAUCCGACUUUUGAGCAGGACAUAACCUUACAAGGAGUCUACUACGCAGACGAUAAGGAUCUACUGAAAACAAACGUAGAUAUACGAUACACUCAUUCCGACAAUCAUCACGUAUCGGUGGGCUUCAACGCAAAGGAUCUUACCUCGGAAGUAGGGUACCGGAAUUAUUCGUACAAUCUAUUCGGCCAUCACGAAGCGUCGGACUUGGACAUGACCUCUGUUGGAUCUGUUGGUCUAAGGCUAGGUUUGUACGAGCUGUACUCUAACUCCAACUACAAACGGGGUUAUUUGUCUCGCAUGGACGGAUACGUGAUUGGAAAGUUGGACGUUGCCGAGAAGGAAGUUAUUAUGGAGAAAUUCACAUCACACAGCAAAUACCGGCUCUGGGGCAAAGCAUCCGGACACUAUCCGAUCUACAUGAUCAACGGAAGUUUGCUGGAUGGACCAGAUCUAGACUCGGUUGGGUACUUCUUUAUAAAUAUUGACGAGAAGCUUGUUGAGAUGAAGGUGAACAUGACACCGGACGCCUCGGAAAACAUCUUCAUGUACGGCCUGAUCCCUGACUCCCGCAGUGCGUAUUUCGAUUUCUGGCGAGACUACGACACCUCGCGGGAGGUGGACGUCGCCUACUACUUGAAGAUGAAUCAUUCCAGACUGGUUACCAGUAAGCUACUGUGGCGGCCGGAAAUACGCUCCGAUUUGCGUAAUUUAGUUAGGAACUAUUUCACUUCGAUUCAUACUUCGUUCACCGAGUCAUUGGAGUUCUGGGUCAAACAGAUCUACCUGGAGUCUAAGGACUCAGUUAACGGUAUCUGGGACUCGGCCCAUCCGUUCUUGGAAGGUUUUCUCGAAGAUGUUUCCGGGCUAAAUGUUAUUCAAGAUGAUUUGGAGGAUUUGCGACAGUUUUUAAAUUCUUCAUACGUCGCAGAUGAUUUCUACAUUAGAUCGGUGAUCAACUUUACUAUUACUGUUCUGGAUGAGUUGGCUAUCAAAAACAAAAUAACAUCGCUUCCGAAGAUUCUUACCGAAUUCUGGCAGGUAAUGGGUGACUCGGGACAAGCGUUGAAGAAAUCUAUCACCUGGUUGAUGGAAACCAUCAAAGAAUCAUACCAAAAGGUGGUGGACGUUAUAGGUCAUAUCCUGCAGGGAGACUCCAUGAAGUACUUAUCUGAAGUAUUGGAAAGCUCCGUAGCAAAAUAUGACAAAUUUAUCAAAGAUCUUCAUCUGCAAUUUAUAAAGAACGUUCAAGAGCUUUGGAAAAAGUUUACGGAAGUCAUCACCUCCUACUGGCAGAGAAUGUUACAGAAUAUUGAACCCUCUGUUAUUAAGCUAGCCCAUUACAUGGAAUCUUUGACGUGGCACGUUGGACAUGAGAUCUUCACAUUCUUGUUCACAAAAACUCAGGAGAUCGCAGAAUCUCCUUAUUUCAACAAGGUAACAAACUUCACUCAAGAUAUGGAUCAACUCUACAAAGAUUUGGUACAGAACGACAUAAUCACAAACAGCAAAAAGUAUGGCUCCAUUGUGUUGCGGUUUAUGAAGGAAAAGUUCUUUAACCUGGUUCCAUUCGGGCGAGAGUUCCACCAGGUCGUCAACGAGCUGUGGGAUGAAAUAAAACAACUUCAGAAUCUGGAAUACGUCCAAUUCCUUAUGCAGCGCGUUAACGAAGUCCGGGCCCAAGCUGAAUGGAUCGCUGAAGAGUUCCAACUUGAGACACGACUUCAUCAGCUUUGGCGAAUAGUUAGGAAUAAACUGACGCGAUACGCACAAACAGCUUUACAAGCAGAAAAUCGCUACCGAGAGGCUAAGACUAAGUUCAUAUUUGAUCCGGACCGAGGUAUCAUGGAGCUUGAACAAAAGCUGCCCAUGUCAUGGCACGCAUUCAACGAAACUCCCAAGUUCGAGGAAAUCCCUGAGUACAAGUUCAUAACCGAUGUGCAGGACUUUUUCUCCGGAAGCAACACAACUCUUUGGUCACUUUAUAGCGAACUUAAGCCUUAUACCGAUUCCAAGAUGUGGCUUCCUCCGUUCAAGUCCAAUACGUUGCUGGUUGGGUCGAGGCAUUACAUGUCAUUUGAUAAGCGUUUCAUUUCGAUGGAUUUAAGAGAACUGCAACAGGGUGGAGAAUCGAAUCAGUGUUCCUACGUACUAGCUCAUGAUUUCUACAAUAGGACGUUUACUUUGUUGCUGGAGCCUUCGGUGCAUCGGGGUCAAAACUCACGAAAAAUAACACUUAUCGCAGAGGAUCAACUGCUGGAGAUUGAUAUUCUAGAUACGUCGGUUCAAAUUGCUCGAAACCAUACCACGGCUCUGCCAGCGCAAAUCGGUGACACCGUAGUCUACCGUGAAACGGAUCAGCUCAUAAUCCAAUCCUUCAAGGGUUUCAAGCUAACCUGUAGCCUUCAAUACCACAUGUGCUCUUUCGAUCUUUCAGGAUGGUACUUCGGUAAAACUGCAGGUAUCCUCGGUACGAUGAAUAACGAAAUCUACGAUGACUACCUUACCUCGGAGCAGAAAUACGCCCGCAGCGAAGAACAGUUCAUCAACAGUUGGACGCUACCGGGAUGCGAAGCGAACGUCGAAACCACAAACCAUACCCGCAACUAUUUUACCGUAUCCAACGAGCUCAGUCAGCUGUGUGAGUCCUUCUUCCGGCAGAAACAUUCAUACUUUGCUUCGUGCUUCCCGAUUGUCGAUGUGAAUCCGUUCUAUGAAAUGUGUCUGGAUCUGGGUUAUCAUAUCAAGAGUGCUUCUGAUAAUCCUUCAGAUAAUGGGGCUUGUACCUCUGCUUUGGCGUAUAUGGAGGCUUGCGCUCUGGAAGGAAUGCCACUUCGUGUUCCGGAUACUUGUAUUCAUUGUAAACUCGUAAACGGAUCGUACGUUCCGGAGGGAACCUUUGUCUCGAUGCAGGAACACGAACUACCACGAACCGCCGACAUUGUGUUCCUCAUUGAAGCCAAACCUUGCAACGAGAACAUAACUACUACCAAGAGUUUAAUAACUCUGGUUCAAUCGUUGCACAAAGAACUCCAGGAAUACAACGUUACGGACAACCGCUAUUCAGUGGUUGCCUUCGGUGGAAAGUCCCCCUUCGACAAGCCACGUAGCGUCAUCGUCAAUGACAACGUUUUCGUGACGCAUGAGUUCAUUGAACCUUUCUUCAAUCAUAUUCAAACCGCACCCGGUACCAAUGAUGACAUCUUCGAUGCCAUUAUUGUAGCUUCCAAGCUUAUUUUCCGCCCUGGAGCAUCGAAAAUCUUCAUCCUGCUACCGUGCUCCAAAUGCGCCAGUUCAAGCAUGAAGCUCGAUUACUCUUCUUUGCUCCAACUAAUGCUGGAAAAUGGUAUCAAACUGCACAUUUUAUCAGACCAUGAUAUUGAAUUCGAAAAAUUGCGCGUCUCCAGAAUGUUCUUCGGUAUGGAUCGGGACAAAGCAUUCACCAAAAAGGACCUUAAAGAUCUGAUUGGAGAUUCCGACCUGCGGAAGCAGGUCAGACUUCCCAAAUCCACCCUAGGAAGUUGCGCAGCUUUAGCGCUCGAAACCGACGGAUCGGUCUUCAGUGGUCGAAAACUUCGCCCGGAAAGGCGAAAUCCAACGAAGAAGUUCAUAACCGUAUUCACAAAACGGGUGGCCAGUGGGGCAGUUUCCAACAGUUGUCAGACGUGUGAAUGUACCGGCCAUAAUACCGGUGUUUCGUACAUGCUCUGCUUGCCCUGUACUUAUCCGUCGGCCUUCAGCUUAGAUCACGAGCGAAUGAGCGAAGAUGAGUUGCUGUCGGUGCUGCAACCGGACCACGAUUGGGACUGGGAGGAAGACGAUGAGCUGCUGUAGUUGAGAGCGAACAAGCAUUGGUUUUAUGUUUAAGACAAUAAUAAUGACAAUUUUCUAUGUGAUGAUAGUGUGAAUGCCAAAGCAAUAAUUGAGAUAAAUGUGUAUUUUUUUUAUUUGUA